UCGCCAGAUGGGAGGUUCUGUGCAGUAGGUCUCUACGAUGGCACGAUCAGCGUGUAUGACACUUCGACUUGGGCAAAAGUCCACACCUUGCGUGGCCAUACCGACCCAGUUUUGAGCGUGGUGUACUCGCCAAUCGGCCAGCAGAUCGCCUCUGGAAGUUGGGACAGCACGGUGCGACUGUGGGAUGCGCAAACCGGUGCAUCCGGUCCCAUCUUAAGCGGCCAUACCGACAUUGUUACAAGCGUGGUAUAUUCGCCCAAUGGCCAGCAGAUUGCCUCAGGUAGUCGGGACAAGACGGUGCGAGUGUGGGGCGCUCAAACCGGUGCACCCGGCCCCAUCUUAAGCGGCCAUACCGAGGGUGUUACAAGCGUGGUGUAUUCGCCCAGCGGCCAGCAGAUCGCCUCGGGCAGUAGCGACAACACGGUGCGGCUGUGGGAUGUGAAUUCGGGUCAAUGUUUGGCAGUUGUUAAAGAUUUCCAUGGAUCAAUCACAAGCAUCACUUGGAAUCCUGCCCCAAACGGCACCUAUUUCGCAACCGGCUGUUGGGAUAAGUCCGUUCGCAUGUGGCAGGUCAUAGAAGAGGAGGAUCGCUAUCAGGUGCGCCUACAUUGGAGUUCGAUGCAUGACAGACUUACUCUGUCAGAUACUUCUAUCCAAAACGUGCAAGGCUUAAGCAGGAUAAACAUGCGGCUAUUAGAGCAACGCGGGGCUGUGGGCAAGCCGAUUGCGCCUUUGAAUUUCCGCGAGGCAUGCAAAAUGCUCAUUAGCAUGGCGUCCGUGGCGCAUAAACUCAAGGUGCCGUCAAAAAACCAGAGUAUGACCGAUACCGUCACCACGACCGAUUCUCUCACUGUACAGUCAACAAAACCGGUCGAUUCGGCGGAUGUAUUUUUGCUUGCUGGAGACGUGAAGAUGGAGCAAAUAGGUGAUUAG